AUGGAUCGUCCAAACACGCCGCCGUCCCGACCACCCCCCGACUAUUGCCUGCCCGCCUAUGACGACGACGACGACGACGAUGGCGACGACGCCCAUAUCGCCCAUAUCGACACCCCUACCGGUCAUGCCGCCGCUGCCGUUAGGCUGUUGACAUCGGUCGACGAGCCAGCCGAGGGCCCUUCACCCACACGGGCCUACCAGCCCAGCGUCGUCUCGUCUCACUCGCAGUCUGCAUCCGUGCUCGAUGAGCCUCCGAGCAUGCCGCCCCCAGAUUCUACCUACGUCCCCUUUGCCAACAGGGAGAAUGCCUCGCCUCGCAGGCCUUGGACCCCUGUGUCGAGCGCGUCCGACCACAGCCACACGCGGCCACCGCCUCCCAGCGUCUCCUUCGAACCGUCAGACCUCAAUGGCAGUCCGAGGCCGGGCACGCCGUCCUCUAGAUACGGCGGGAGCCCUCGACGCCCUUUACCUCCGGCCCCCCUAUUCUCACAAUCGGCCCGGAGCUCGCAAGCCUUUGCCGACGACGCCACGGUGGCCAUUCCGCUCGACGGUGGCGACGACGUGUUUGGGUCCGGGUCUGACUUGGGUGAAUCUCGGCCCGCUCCAGUUCAUCGUGGAUCCUACGCGUCAACUUCUCAGGAUACUCUGAGUGAAGAGCCAACAGCGGAGGAAAAACACCAUCUCUAUGGCCCCGCACCAAACGGCGCCCAGGAACGACGUGGUGUUCGCGCGCCGCAAAUGUCCAGGAAGGAGGUGCAGCUCAUCAACGGCGAAUUGGUCCUCGAGUGCAAGAUCCCGACUAUUCUAUACAGCUUCUUGCCGCGGCGCAACGAGGUCGAGUUCACGCACAUGAGGUACACUGCCGUCACUUGCGACCCCGACGACUUCGUCGACAGAGGAUACAAGCUACGCCAGUCCAUUGGGCGGACGACGAGGGAGACGGAGCUCUUCAUCUGCAUCACCAUGUACAACGAAGACGAGUUCGGCUUCACGCGGACCAUGCACGCCGUCAUGAAGAACAUUUCCCACUUCUGCUCGCGCUCUCGCUCCCGCACCUGGGGCGAGUCGGGAUGGCAGAAGAUCGUCGUGUGCAUCAUCUCGGAUGGUCGCGAAAAGAUCAACCACCGAACGCUGGAUGCUCUGGCCGCCAUGGGUGUCUACCAGCAUGGAAUCGCCAAGAACUAUGUCAACAACCGCGCUGUCCAGGCGCACGUCUACGAGUACACGACGCAGGUCUCUCUCGACUCGGACCUCAAAUUCAAGGGGGCCGAGAAGGGCAUCGUGCCCUGCCAGAUGAUCUUCUGCCUCAAGGAAAAGAACCAGCGCAAGUUGAACUCGCACCGUUGGUUCUUCAAUGCUUUUGGCAAGGCCCUGAAUCCCAACGUCUGCAUCCUGUUGGACGUCGGGACGCGCCCGGGAGGCAACUCGCUCUACCACCUGUGGAAGGCGUUCGACACAGACUCCAACGUCGCCGGUGCCUGUGGAGAGAUCAAGGCCAUGAAGGGCAGGCUGGGAUCCAACCUUCUCAACCCUCUCGUGGCAUCGCAGAACUUCGAGUACAAAAUGUCCAACAUCCUGGAUAAGCCUCUGGAAUCCGUCUUUGGGUACAUCACGGUGCUGCCAGGCGCCCUCAGUGCGUAUCGAUACCAUGCCCUGCAAAAUGAUGAGACGGGCCACGGACCCUUGAGCCAGUACUUCAAGGGCGAGACGCUCCAUGGCCAGCGCGCCGACGUCUUCACGGCCAACAUGUACCUCGCCGAAGAUCGCAUUCUCUGCUGGGAGCUGGUGGCCAAGCGAGGCGAGAGAUGGGUGCUCAAGUACGUCAAGGGCUGCCACGGUGAGACCGACGUGCCAGAUUCCGUGCCCGAGUUCAUCUCGCAACGUCGACGAUGGCUCAACGGCGCCUUCUUUGCCGCCGUCUACUCCCUGGUCCAGUUCCGCCAGAUCCUGGCCACGGACCAUACCCUCGCGCGCAAGAUCCUGCUCUUUGUUGAAUUCGGAUACCAGUUCCUGCAACUCUUGUUCACCUAUUUCUCUCUGGCCAACUUUUACCUGACCUUCUACUUCGUGGCCGGUGGCUUGACCGAGCCCGAGGUCGACCCCUUCGGACACAACAUCGGAAACGUCAUCUUCACCAUUCUGCGGUACAUCUGUGUGCUUCUCAUCGCCACGCAGUUCAUCCUGUCGCUUGGCAAUCGGCCGCAGGGCGCGAGGAAGCUGUACCUCGCGAGCAUGAUCCUGUACGCAAUCAUCAUGACAUACACCACCUUUGCCUGCAUCUACAUUGUCGCGCGACAGCUCUCCGCCAAGGGCAAGGACAGCGAGGGGCUGCGCAUUGGGAACAAUGUCUUCACCAACCUCAUCGUCUCCAUGGCCUCCACCAUUGGCCUCUACUUCCUCAUGUCCUUCCUCUACCUCGAGCCCUGGCACAUGAUCACCUCGUCGCUGCAGUACUUCUUGCUCCUCCCGAGCUACAUCUGCACCUUGCAGGUCUACGCCUUCUGCAACACGCACGACGUCACCUGGGGCACCAAGGGCGACAACGUCAUCAAGACGGACCUCGGCGGUGCCGUCGGCAAGGGCCAGACGGUGGAGCUCGAGAUGCCCAGUGAGCAGCUCGACAUUGAUAGCGGCUACGACGAGGCGCUGCGCAACCUGCGGGAUCGCCUCGCGGUGCCCUCUGCCCCCGUCAGCGAGGCGCAGAUGCAGGAGGACUAUUACAAAAGCGUCAGGACGUACAUGGUGGUGACGUGGAUGAUUGCCAACGGCAUUCUCGCCAUGGCCGUGUCCGAGAUUUACAGCAGCAAGGGCAUCGGCGACAACUUUUACCUGCGCUUCAUCCUCUGGAGCGUCGCCGCCCUGGCCAUCUUCCGCGCCGUCGGGUCCACCACCUUUGCCGUCCUCAACGCCGUCAACGUUGUCGUCGAGGGGAGGAUCCGCAUGAGCGUCAAGAUGCCCCAGUGGAUGGGCGGUGUCGGCAGCAAGCUCAGCGAGACGGUCAGCAGCGUCGGCAGCAAGAUUAAGAGCUAA